UGUCAAACCCUGCACAUUUUCCUUUGUCUUGAGUUCUUUAUCAAGACGAAUACUGCCAAGGUUAUUACCAAUGAAUUUUACCGAAUUGCGUUUGCGUUUCAACAUCAGUAUAGCGGACCAUAUCAGCAUUUUAGAGGGACAGUAGGUAGAACCGUUACGCCGUAACUUUGGCUACUGUGACAAAAACGAAAUAAAAAUGGCAGCUACCCACGGUCCUCUCCUCCAUUUCCCAGCCAACUUGGCUUUGGGUCCUUCGCUCAGCGACCCCCAACUCCUCCUCAAGUACACUGCCGGACAAGUCUUUGAAUCAGUAGCACCGCAAACUCCAGUCUUAAUCAAGGCUCAGAAGUACCGACCAGAGUUCAAUCAGAGCCGCACAGUCAGAAUCCGUGUUGCACAACUACCAGUUCUACAGGAUUUCCCAUUUUGAAUUUUAAUCAUUUUUGGCAGCAAGUGAAAGUCUGCACCUAAACUACAGCAACAGUCUCACCCGGACAUUGGUAGGCUGAGAAUUGCUGAUGACUUCUUCAAAUGUAAUUACUUAUAUUCAACGUCAAAUGUAAUCAUCCUGCACUAGAACGAGAUGGUAUACCUGGUGUUGAGCCAUCUUCAUCUCGCUGUAGUCAACAUAGUGCUUCUAACGUUCAUCUCUGGAGCCAGUAAUCGGAAUUCGAUCGAUUGUACUUAUCUAUUUUAUGCUGUAAGAUGGAAAUAUAUCUAAUAUCGUCAUGUUGAUGCAUUGUAACUGUCUCAGUUCGAUAAUAUAAUCUUCAGAAGUCUUCAUCAGGACAAAAAGAAUCUAAAUCAAUUGGCGAUAGGUUAUGUGAAUAUUGUUAUUUAUUGAUGUGAAUAGAAGGGGUAGAAGAAACGCAAAGUUGUUAAUCCAUUUCCGUGUUUAUCCAAGGAGAACUCCUCGAGACGUAUGCCUAUUGAUGCUUAGAUCUAGAAGGACGAGGAGGGUCACUCUGUUGCUCUUCUGCAAAUGAAAUUUCUUUCUUGACAAUUCAUCCAGAAUCCUAUCCUAAUAUCCACCGAUUUUGAUUUUUCUGGGUGAAACAUGAUAGAGGACGGACAGUCCGU